AUGGAACCAUCCAAGGAGAAGCACCCCGAGCAGGGCUCAACUGAGAUCUCGGCGGUUGUUAACCCGUAUGAAGAUAGCGUCGACGACGGCAAAAAGCCUGUGCCAUUGAACAUCAAGAUCCUAUCCGUUAUCGUAAAACUUGACAUUUCCAAUACGCAAUAUGCUGUACUUGAUUCUAGCGAAAACUUCAUCAAAACUGCUUUGAUAUUGUUCACCGGCAUCCUUACAGACCGCUUUGGAGGUGCCAAUACCAUGCUUUGGGGUAAUGCCAUAUUCAGCAUCGGCGCGAUAUUAAUAGCAGCAGCAACAACCGUUCGUAGCUACAAGUUCAUGAUUGGUGGUAUAGUGAUCCAGGCUCUAGGUGACGUCGCCACUCAGGUUGCUCAGUACAAGAUCUUCUCGUCCUGGUUCCCGCCAUCGUCUGGAUUUGCCUCGACAUUAGCGUUCGAGCUUGGCAUUGGUAAAAUUGGAUCGUUUGUUGGAAAGGCCACAGCCAAUGUCAUUACCAAGAACCUAGGCGACUUCAGCUGGGCUUACUGGAUGUCUGUGUUCAUGAAUCUCUUUACCAACGUGGCGACUCUGUUCUUCUGGUGUUUUACUCGAUGGUGUGAGAAACGCUAUAGUGGAACCAAAGAUCCUGCCACAGGAGAGAAGCUCACCGAGAAGAACAAGAAGCUUGAGAUCACCAAAAUGCUCCGCUUACCUUGGUCCUUUUGGCUUGUAUGCCUAUUUUCACUUUUCCAGACAUCCACUGCCGGUGUCUUUUCUUCAAAUAGCACCGAGCUUGCCGAACAACGCUUUGAUAUAUCGGCUGUACAAGCUGGUUGGUACUCGGCCAUGUCACAAUACCUUGGGUUCUUCUUUGUGCCCCUGGUGGGAGUAUUCAUCGAUUUAGUAGGACAAAGACUCACCAUCAUGCUGGUUUGUGGGUUUGGAAUGCUGUUAUCAAUGUGUCUUGCGGCUUGGGGACCUACUGUUGGUGGCACAGCGGCAAGUUUUGGUAUCUACGCUUUCGCCUCGUCCCUGGGACCCACCGUCAUCAUCGACAGUAUUCGCACGAGCAUGUGGUAUCAGGAAGUGUUUGGAUCUGGCUAUGCCAUCAAAAUCGCCAUCAAUAACAGCAUGACGAUUAUCGUUGGUAUCAUUGCAGGUGUGAUUCAAGAUCGUGACGAUAAUAGUUACGACAAGGUCAUCAUCUUGUACGUUGUUCUUGCAGCUGGCUCAGUGGUUGUUGGCGCUUUUAUGGUCCUACUAAGCUUCAAGACCGACUUUAUGAAGCUUUUGCAAUGGAGCCGGAAGAGAAGGGUUUUGAAUGGCAAGGUCAUCGUUACUAAGAAGGAGGAGUUCGAGACGAACAAGUACGCCGAGUGGAACCGAAGGCUUAGUCUCGCCAACUUCGUUGCCGUUAUUAUCCUUGUUCUUGGCGCCUGGACUGCUUAUUUCUGGGGAUUGGCUACCGGUAACAAUUAUGAUUGA